AUGGCCUGUACAACAGCUGUGGAGGAGCUUAUUGCGGAACAUUACAAUCAACAAAUCAUGGAGCUGCUUGAAGAUGAUCCCGAGGCACACGCACAACUGCUUGAAACGCUAACGAAGCUACGUGAUGAUGAAAUGCACCACUAUGAUGUUGGAGUUGAAAAUGACGGAUUAAAAGCCCCGAAAUACGACACGCUAAAAUGGCUAAUCCAGAGCGGUUGCAAGGGAGCAAUUUGGCUGGCCGAGCGCUUAUAA